ACGCGUCACAGCCCAGCGUGUUCUGAUUGGACGCGUGGGCGUUUGGGGGGCGUGGCCAUGCGUUCAUUCACACAGAAUAACCCGUAAGGCUUUUCUCAGUAUUAAAUCACAGAGUGGUCGAGCUGUGGGAUAUUAUCUCCUAAACUGCAGGUGGAAGUUCUUUCUUUCUCUCUUCAGCAGCUCACAGAGGUGAAUAAGAGGAGGCUGAUUGGAAGAUGAAUCCAGGAGGACGGAGGCUGAAGCAGUGGCUCAUAGAGCAGAUUAACAGUAAUAUUUAUUCAGGCUUGCUGUGGGAGGAUGAAGCUCACACCAUGUUCCGCAUCCCAUGGAAACACGCCGGGAAACAGGACUAUAACCAAGAGGUGGACGCCUCCAUUUUUAAAGCCUGGGCGGUGUUUAAGGGCAAGUUUAAAGAAGGGGAUAAAGCUGAACCUGCUACGUGGAAGACCAGACUCCGAUGCGCGCUCAACAAAAGUCCAGACUUCGAGGAGGUAACGGACCGCUCGCAACUGGACAUCUCCGAGCCGUACAAGGUGUACAGGAUUGUCCCUGAGGAAGAGCAGAAGUUAGGUAAAAACGUCAGCCCGACCUUGAAUAUGAGCUGCCCAAAUGAUGGAGUCGAUAUGGUUUGCAACACACCUGAUCUCGAUCAACUCAUUAAAGAGGCAUCUGACGAAUACACAGGCAUUAUCAAGAGAAGCCAUUCUCCUAUGGAUGAGAAUUGCAACGUUCAGUCGCCUCAGGAGUUCUGGCAUCAGGGUUCUCCUAACGUUCUUCCCGUUCAUCCGGACACGUCACCAAUAAACUCAUUUAAUUCUGCGUUUGCUCAGAUGAUGAUCAGUUUCUAUUAUGGAGGAAAGCUGAUGGGCCACACACUGAUCAGUCACAGUGAUGGCUGUCGGAUCUCGCCCUGCCAGCCACCUGUCUCCAACGCGCUGCUGUACGGCUCGGACAGCCUGCAGACCGUACGCUUCCCGCCUGUGGACCUCAUCGACAACGAGCGCCAGCGCUACGUCACCUGCAAGCUGUUCGGGCACCUGGAGCGCGGCGUUCUGCUGCGCGCCAACCGCGAGGGCAUCUUCAUCAAACGCCUGUGUCAGAGCCGAGUGUUCUGGAGCGGCCAGGACUCCCAGUACAGCUCCGGCGUCAGCAAACUGGAGAGAGACGCUGUAGUCAAGAUCUUCGACAAUAACAGGUUUUUGCAGGCACUGCAGAUGUAUCAGGAUAAUCAGUACCCGGCUCCGGACCCCACGGUCUCGCUGUGUUUUGGAGAAGAGUUUGCUGACUUCAGCACUGCGAAGAACAAGCUGAUCAUUGUGCAGAUCACGGCUGCAAAAUGUCAGCAGCUGCUGGACGCAGUGACGGCUCACCGAGCUCAGUACAGCAGCAACCUGGAGAUCUCAGACGAGCUUUCCAGUGAUCAGAUGGCUCGCAUUUACCAGGAUAUUUGCAACUACUCUGUUCCACCGCGACCCCCAUGCUAUAGAGACAACCUGCCCAUCAUCGCCUGAAAAGCAAAUCUGAAUCCAGCUCGGAUCAACAAGCAUCUCACAAACAGACUGUUACAAAAAAUCAAUGAAAAUCAACAACAAAAACAUUUGUAAGCAUUAUCAGUUUAGUGUGGUUCAAUAAAGCUACAUGUAGCGUCAUGUUUUCUCAGGAAAUCUCAUAAAGAAAAUGUUCUCAGGGAAGGUUGUUUUUUUUUUUUAAUAUAUAUUUUGUUAUAAAAUGUACUUCUCAAUCUUUGGAUUACUAUUUUUUGGUAGUUUUAUAUGCAACCUGGCCUUUUUUUUUUUUUUUUUUAAAGAUUAUCUACUCAAAUGUGGGCAAGUAUCUUGAGCUAAUAAGUAGAUAGGUUUUACUAUCUUCAGCUUUUUGUAUUGUGACAUUUUGAAAUAA